AUGGGCGCGUGUCGACGAUGCCGAUUCGAAGACCCAUCCCACCGGCUGACCAACGGCGUACCAGGCGAACCUCCUCUAGACGAUGCCGAUGAGAAGUUCCGCCAACUGGCUGGCGAGCGGCGUACCGGACGGAGCCUCUUCACUACGGUGCCGACACGGUGUUCCAUCCGAUCGACCGUUCAGCGGAGUCCGCAGUACCCUGUGCACGUGGCACAACGCGCACUGGGAGUAACCGCCCUCACCUGGUUUAGCCCGCCGAUCGAGGCGGUUGACCGGGGUGUGGCCGCUGAGCAGAGCCCAACUACGUGA